UCUCCGGCGGAGCCUGCACGCAGUAUUGUCCGAUCCGUGGAGGGAUUAAAUACACAAUCGCGGGACCAUGUUUUCCAGGAGCCUGAACGUGUGUGUGACCCUGUGUUUGUGGAUUAUGGCGGUAAUGAGCCCGGGAAGUGUGUCCGCGAGGAAGCAGGACGACUCUUUCUUCACUGGCAGUAUUUACCGAGCAAGAUGCGCCUCGAGAUGCCUCAGUCUGCACAUCACUCGCAUCUCCGCUUUCUUCAAGCACUCCCAGAAUAAUGGAUCCUUGGUUUGGUGCCAGAAUCACAAGCAGUGCUCCAAGUGCCUGGAGCCCUGCAAGGAAUCCUGGGACCUGAAGGAAAACCAGUGCCAGGAUUUAUGCGAGCCCCUCUUUCCCAAGAAACACUACGAGUGUCUUACGAGCUGUGAGUUUCUGAAGUCAGUAGAGGGAGUGAAGCAAGGCGACUGUCCGGCCCCAGAGAAGGCCAGCGGUUUUGCAGCAGCCUGCGUGGAGAGCUGCGAGGAAGAUGGAGAGUGUUCAGCCGUGAAAAAGUGCUGCUCUAACGGUUGUGGCCACACCUGCCAGCUGCCUAAGAACCUCUACAAAGGAGUCCCACUGAAGCCGAGGAAGGAGCUUGUGUUCUUGGAGCAGCAGUCAGGGCAGCUGGAGAUCCGCUGGUCCUCCAAGUUCAACAUCUCUGUGGAGCCCGUCCUCUAUGUGGUGCAGCGCCGCUGGAAUUAUGGCAUCCACCCCAGUGAGGACGAUGCCACCGAGUGGCAGAAUGUGGCGCAGACUGCAGAGGAGCGCGUCCAACUGGCCGACAUCAGAGCCAGCAGAUGGUACCAGUUCAGAGUUGCUGCUGUUAAUGUCCACGGGACCCGGGGCUUCACUGCACCCAGCAAACACUUCCGCUCCUCCAGAGAUCCAUCUGCUCCUCCGAGCCCGGCCAGUCUGCGUGUCACCAACGUGACGCUGGGUGACGAAGGCCUGGUGACAGCCCGUCUCAACUGGACCCUGCCAGAGGAGCCCGAUAUCCCCAUACAUCAUUACAAAGUGUUCUGGAGCUGGACUGUGCCCACCAAGUCCAUGGUGCCAUCCAAGAAGAAAAGGAGAAAGACCACCAACGGGGCACAGAGCUGGGUGGAUCUGGAGGGACUGCAACAGAACAGCAGCUACACAGUGGAGCUGCAGGCCGUCACGUACUGGGGACAGGUGCGCCUGAAGAGCUCCAAGGCUUCUCUCCACUUCACCACCUCCCAGAAUAAUGAGUCAGUAAAAUCGGUGAUCAAGUCAAAGAAGGAGGAGAUAUCCCCUCUUGGUUCGACCUUGGCCAAACGCCCCUCCGGCCCUCUGGAAGUAGGCACGCCCUUCUACCAGGAUGGCCAGCUGCAGGUCCGUGUCUACUGGAAGAACCGGGGAGACCCCACCGUGAGUCGCUACCAUGUCCAGUGGAUGCCGGAGUACUGCAGCCACAACGAGACCCGAGGACCGGAGAAAUCCGUCACGCAGGAGAACUACAUCAACCUCCCAGGCCUGCUGUUCUCCUGCAAGUACAAAGUCACUGUUCACAUGUUGAAGUCCAAGAGGCGCUCCAAGGACGAGAGCACCACCUUCCUCACACCGUCCUGUGCUACCAUCCGUAGCAAGACUCACAAACACAUCCCAUGCCCAGGGGAGGGAGCUCCAGGGCUACCAAAGGUUUUGGCUAAGCCAGAGAAUCUGACGGCCUCUUUCUCCAUCAUCGAGGGAAACAUCACCGGCAACUUCCUGUGGCGUGUGUCAAGGGUGGCUCCCCAUCAGCGAAUCACAGGUUUCCAGGUCACCUGGGCCGAGAUCACCACUGAAAGCCGGCAAAACAGCCUGCCCAACAGCAUCAUCUCCCAGUCCCAGAUCCUGCCUCCAGAUCACAACUUACUUGUCGUGUCCAACCUGCGGCCAUCCACAUACUACAGACUGGAGGUGCAGGUCAUAACAACUGGAGGGGAAGGUCCUGCCACUGUCAAGACCUUCCAGACCCCAAACACAUUACCAGUCAUUCAACACCGACCCAGACUCCGGCAGCACCACUCUCACCACCAGAAGCCAUCAGUAGAGAGGCACUGAGCUGCAAGUCGAGGCAAACCCAAUAGGGAAAAGCUCCAGUGGCUCUCUGCUCCUGUCUGUCAGGGAAGGAAUGUGUGGAACCAAACAGAAACACAGCGCACCCGACCAUGAACUGACCCCCCUGCUCGUGAAAUAUGGGUCCAUCUUCUCCAGGCUCCACAACACAUCAGUUAUUCCUUCUUAACCCCUCUGCCUUGACUGAGACAUGUCAGCGGACGGGUUGGUCUGUACAGUGAAAUUCAUACCGCAAGGUCUCAUAUUCUGCGUUGGUUAUAGUAGUACACAGCUCCCCAAACUCAUCCUCAAACUCAUCCGGAAGUUAUGAAAUUCCAGGUAAAAAGACCCAAGAACCCCCCUAAAAUAGUCCAGGUUGUCCUCAUACGCAGCCAGUUAUUAUCAAAAUUAGGUCACGAAUCAGAAGAUGGUUGAACAUGGAUGGAAGGAAAUGCCAGAACUGUAAAACAAUUGUUUAUUCAUGAAGAAAGAAAGGUAGAAAUUCAUCUAUUUAUUAUGUGUUACCCAUUAAAGAGGCGCUUAGGCAAACAGUCAGUACUGAUGGAUAAUGUAACUUAAGUCAUUGUUGUCUAACCCAGAAUAUUUCACAUAGUAUGUUGCAUGUAGUACAUUAGAUUUUUUGAACUGUAAAUGAAUUACUUGCUUCAAAUUGAAAGCUUGUAAUGGUUUUGCAUGACAACCGUUAGCAUUCUGUUGGCAUGAAAUAAUGUCUGUGUUACCUCUUUUCAGUAUGUUAGCAACAUUUCAUUAACAGAUUAACAAAGAAUUAUAUUGGGAGUAAUACGUAAUGUUUAUUAAUGAAAUUAUAACUUGUGUGGAAAUGAUGAAUUGUACAUGUUCUUGGCUGUAGAAAUAUUUGUCGUGGAACAGUCAGUGAAUGUCUAUAUUUAUUUAUGUGUGUAUUACAAAGUUUGGUUUGGAUGUGUGUGAAUGUGUAUGUUUCGUGUGUUCUAGUCUCAAGUUUU